AGUGGUCUCCCCCAGAAACACAAUUACACAUAAAUCUACUAGAACUCUGUCUGGUUUUCAACCCAUGUCUCCACGUCCUCCCCUUGACAAGGAACAAGAUGGUACGAGUAAUGACCAACAACAUUGCCUGCAUGUUCUAUAUAAAUCAGCAGGGAAGAGCCCAGUCCCACUCCCUAUGCACACAUGCCAUAAAACUGUGGAACUGGUGCAUUUGAUACAACAUCAACAUCUCAGCCUCCUAUCUUCCAGGCUGUCAGAACACAACAGCGGACACAUUGAGCAGACAAUUCUCCCAAGAUCAUGAAUGGGAACUGAACGAUGUAGUCCCACAAAACAUAUUUCAACAAUGGGGCCACCCAUCCAUCAACGUAGUCACGACAUCACAAAAUCACAAAUGACCACAAUUUUGCUCAAGAGCAGGUCUGGGACUGCGAUUGUUAGGGGAUGCCUUCCUCCUCAAAUGGGACGCAAUACUUCACUACAUGUUCCCACCAAAACCACUUCUAUCAAAGGUUUUUCACAAAAUACAUACCGACAAAGUGAAGGUCAUACUGACAGCUCCAACAUGGCCACAACAGAUUUGUUAUGCUUACCUACUGUGGAUGGCUGUCUGUACACCAUGCACUUUCCCACUUUGGACGGACCUCCUCUUACAGGAUGCCAGCAAGUUCACCACCCAAACCUGGAGAGACUCCAAUUGAAGGCGUGGCUCCUACAUGGUUCCCUCAUGAGGAGCUAGCCUGCUCGGAACAGGUUCAAAAUUUAUUACUAAACAGUAGGAAGACAACCAUGCACAAGACUUACCUUCAGAAAUGGAAGAGAUUUUCCAUAUGGUGUCAGGUCAAACAUGUUACUGCAAUUUCUGCACUUGUCCCCUUGAUCUUGGAUUAUCUCUUGGAGCUAAAACACUCGGGACUAUUUACUACCACAAUCAAAGUGCAUGUUGCAGCAAUUACUGUGUUCCAUCACAAGAUCGACUGAGCAUCGUUAUUUGCACAUUCAAUCACUAAAUGCUUUCUAACGGGCAUACAGAACAUUUACCCUGAGGUACGCGCACCCUCGUCAACUUGGGAUUUGAACCUGGUACUACGCUGCCUUACUGGGCUUCCAUUCAAACCCUUAAGGAUGUGUUCAUUGACUCAACUAUCCGUGAAUGUAGCAUUUUUAGUCACUGUCACUUCAGCCUGUCACUCCUUGGGUGAGACAGGGGCUCUUAUGGCACAUCCACCAUGCACCAUAUUCUACAAGGACAAGGUCACCUCAAGACCACAUCCAGAAUUUGUACCCAAAAUAUCAUCUUCCUUCCAUAUAAACCAACCAGUCCAUCUUCCUGUAUUCUUUCCCAAACCUCACGGGGAGUACACAUGAUGCUGUACUACAUACCCUGGAUGUCAGACAUGAAGUAGCGUUCUACCUUGAUAGAACUAAGCCAUUCAGAAGAUCCCCGGGGUUUUUCCUUUCUGUCACAGAAUACUCUAAAGGAUUGGCAUUUCCAUACAAAGACUAUCAAAAUGGAUCUCAGGGUGCAUUCACCUCUGCUACCAACAAAACAAUUUUCAACCCCCAGCAGGGAUCAGAAUUCAUUCUACUAGAACUAUAGCAACCUCAAUAGUCUUUCUGAACAAUGAACCACUCAAAGACAUAUGCAAAGCUGCCACCUUGGCCUUUGAACAUACAUUCAUAAAACAUUACUCAGUUGACCAGACCUCAGGCUCAGAUACACUUCUAGGCCUAGCAGUACUAUCUUCAAUCACCCCUUCCAUCCACAGAGGGCACAGCUCUACAGUCACCUUAAGUGGAGCACCCACAGGGACAAACAUCUCGAAGAACCUCAGUUACUGCAGCAGUCUCUAGAAACCAUCAAGAAGAAACUCCAUCAACUCAGAGACUCAGCGACAGUAAGAGGAACCGUUGGAGUUCAUAGCUGGAGAAAUAAAACUGUACGUACUAAUUUCCUUUUAGUCACCAUUCUGCCUAGUGAUAUUUACAUCCAGCCUUGCAUUUCACACUGCUGUGCCUAGCAGAAUGGGAUCAUGGUCCAUGAGUAAACCUCCAAGGCACUGUGGUCUCCGUUUGUGUGAUCGGAAGAGAAGGGAUUUCUGAGAUGAUGGAGCCCCUCUCCAGUGCAAGGUCACAGAGGUUCCACCACCCAGGACCACAGCUGAACUGUGACCUUAGAGAGAAUCGGCAGUAUCAACGGCAACUAGACCUAUCUGGACCUCAUCUUUCUGCUCCUCAUGAUAAGGGGAAUGAAGGAGACCAGGAUAUGGUGGCCUUGCUCCAUAGAUUUGGCUUUAUGAUGCCAGUGACGUUUGAAGAGGUGGCUGUGUACUUCUCUGAAGAUGAAUGGGCUCUUUUGGAUGAAAAGCAGAGGGAACUCUACAGAGAUGUCAUGCAGGAGAAUUACGAGAUUCUCAUCUCGUUGGGUGCUGGGACAGUGAGUGAGAAGGAGAAAAAAGCCCCAAAAGUAGUAUCUACAGGAGCAGAACCACAAAGGAUGUUCUCAGGGAGACACUGUUGCCUUGAAUGGGGAGAUGCCAGUGAGAGUCAGGGCAGGACAGUGAGGCACUGGGAAGACCCUCCAGGCAGGAGUAAAUCCACUCAUAGCAAAAGAAGUUUAGAGAAAUCCAAAGACACCAGCACCCACCAGACAGCCUGCACGGGGAAGAGCCCAAACACAGGUACUGAACCUGGUGAAAGUUUCAAUAAAUGCUCACUCCUCGUUAAGCAUUGUCAGCAAACUUGUGCAGAAAAGAGUGCCUACAAGUGUAAUGAAUGUGUCCAAAGCUUUUCUCAACACCAGUGCCUUCAGAUACAUCUGAGAACUCAUACAGUGGAGAGACCCUAUAAAUGUAAUGAAUGCGGGAAAAGCUUCAGACACAAGACAAGCCUUGUUCUUCACCGUUACACAGUCCACAAGUUGGAGAGACCCCAUAAAUGUCCAGUGUGCGGCCAGCUCUUUAUCCUGAAAGAGAGACUUAUUCAGCAUCAGAGAAUCCACAACGAAGAGAUGCAUAGGGGGUUUAAUGAUGGGAUUGUGAGUGAGAACAAGGAUGAGCAUCCCCAACAGAAAAAGCCAGUGGGAGCGGAGCCUCAUGAGGGAUCUCAGAGAUGUGAACUGGCAGAUGCUGGCAAGAGUCGGGGCAGGAGAGGACAGCAGCGAGCUUACCCUGCAGGGGGGAAAGACUGUGAAUCCGCUGUAUGUGAAGGAAGUUCUAAGAAAUUGAACCGCACCAUCGCCUACCAGGGAACUAAGGUGGGAGCACAACUGAAUACACAAAGUAAAAGUAAGAGAAGCUUUAGUAGUUGCACAGCCCCUGACCUGCAUGAGAAAAUCCACCCAGAUGAGAAACGACACAGCUGUGCUGAGUGUGGGAAAAGCUACUGCCAGAACUCACACCUCAGAAGGCAUCAAAAAAGCCACACGGGAGAGAAACCUUAUGUAUGUGCUGACUGUGGGAAGAGCUUUGGACGGAAGUCGAUACUCAGUAAACACCUACGGACGCACAAAGAGGAGAAACCCUAUAGCUGUGCUGACUGUGAGAAAAGCUUCAGUGAGAGCUCAUACCUUGCUCUGCAUCAGAGAAUCCACACAGGAGAGAAACCCUAUCAGUGUCCUAACUGUGACAAAAGCUUCAGGCUGAAAGGAGACCUUUCCAGUCACUGUAGAACCCACACGGGGGAAAAACCCCAUAAAUGCAGUGAAUGUGGGCAAGGCUUUGGGCAGAAAUCAACUCUGACUAAGCACCUGAGGAUCCAUACUGGGGAGAGGCCCUAUAAAUGUCCUUAUUGUGAAAAAAGCUUUCGUCAAAAGUUCACCCUUUCCCAGCAUCAGUUAGUACAUCUUGAAGAGAGACCUCACAAAUGAACUGAAUGUGGGAAAAGCGUCUAUCAAAAAUGAAAGCUUGUUAUACCCUUGGUAAACCUCCAUGUGAAAAAGAAACCCAAUAGAGCAAGUGUAACUUCAGAUUACAUUAUCUCUAGCAGUGCAAUAGGGACUCCAUAAGUGAUAUAAAACAGUGGUGUGGUACUUUCUUUGCUUGGAGAGGGGCACUUAAGUACAAGGUGUAAGAAGGAUGGGCGGGAAGUACUGGCUUAUUUAUGAUGACAGAUAUGAGAUUUAGGAGGGGAAAGGAGCUGGUGAAGGUAGGAACAGAUCCUUUGGCGGGGGUGGGGGGUUAGUGGGAAUUGCAAGGUAAUGGAAUUGAAUCUUGUGGGAGGACUGAUCAUAAGGGCACUGUGGCAGGAACCAAGAGCAGAGAAUGCCUGGUAAUGGAGAUAUGGAUCAUUUAAAAACUGGGAUGUUGCACGAGGAAGAAUACUUGUGCACGUAUGUGCGUGCAUGUUUGUGUAUCUUUUAGGGCUUGUCUAUAUGAGGAGUUCUACCAGUAUAAUUAUGCCACUCUGGUUAUACUGGUACAAUUUCCCAUGUGGACACUUUUAUUCUGGAAUAAGUGUGUCCAGAUGGGGAGUGAGAGAUGUAUAAUUACAGUUGUAUAUGGCCUGUAAAAUUCCCCAUGCAGACAAACCCUUAAUGAGGAAAGGUUAAAGGUGGCUGCUGAGCUCCACCCCCGCAGUCAUGCUCCACCCCCACAGCAGCCUACCAUGCCACUGUGGAUCUGUCUACACAGCAAGUAGCAGUAAGUGUCAGAACCCAGGUCAACGGACUCGGGCUCACUCUACAGCGUUAACAAUAGCUGUGAGAUGUUUCAACUCGGGCUGGAGCUUGGGCUCAGUGAGUCUCAGCGCCUGGGUUGACACACUUGGGCUUGUGGAGCUCACGCUAUGGUGCUAAAAAUAGUGGUGAGACCUGCCUAAUCAGCCUAGGGUCCCAGCCCGAGCUGCAAUGUCUACACAGCUCUUUUUAGCACAAUAAUUCAAGGUCAAGUCUGUUGACCCACACUCUGAGACUUACUGCUGCUGGCUGCUCCUCACUGUGUAGACAAGCCAACAGGGGAGGUAUGCUGCCUGAGCUCCAAGCUUCUUGCUCCUUGUUAUACCCCACAGAAUCUGUUCAAAAUAACAGAAAUCCUACUAUAAAUGUAGUUAAUUUAGAUUGAUAUCAAUGCACCAUCUGCUAAGGGAUCCCUGGAUAAGAGUUUGGACUCUCCUCUUCUCCAGUAAUGAAGCAGGCCUGCAAAAAGUAAAAGCUAUCUGAGAGCCCAUGUCAGGCAGAGAUGGAGAUGCAGGAAGAAGCUCCAGGUAGAAUCCUGAGCAAACCUUGCAGGUGCUUCAGAAGUUCUCUGAAGAACAACGUCAGCAGAUAUUGCUGAUGUGAAAAAGACCACUGUAGCUCAUCACACAAGCCUAUGAAGGCUCUCAAGGAGAGUGGGGCAAGUUGAGGCCCAUGUGUCUGCACUGGAGGACUCUGUAACAGCCAGUAACUCCUCCUCAAAUCAGCAAAUGCAGAGAAUUAGAGCCCUACAGGAGAGAGUCGACUAUCAGGAGGCAGAUCAAGAUAUAAUAAUUUGCAUUUGGUUACCUUUCUGGA